AUGUCAUGCGAUGAAGUGGAGCAACAGGCUGACGAACUCAUCAGAAUCUGCACUUAUAUUUAUAUCGACACAGGUGAUAAGAAGGCUGUUAUGCUAGCCGAUAUGGCUAAAGAAUUAAGACCAACAUUUUCAGCUGCUGGAUUUUUCAAAGUUAACAGGCGCAUAUUACCCACCUUUUUCGCUAACAUAUCUACAUAUCUGAUUAUACUGUUGCAGUUUAAAGCAUCGUUUUAG